AGAUUGGCUAUAGUCGUUAAUUUUUUUUUUUCAAGUUUGAGUGAUUUGUCUGCAAUCGUAAAUGUCAUAGCAUUUUUGAGCUCAAUAUUAUACCAGAAUGGCAGAAAAUAGAGAAGAAAUUUUAGCAAACUUCCAGGGAAUUACAGCAAUAGAAGAUGUUGCAGAGGCGAUAUAUCACUUGGACGAGGCAAAUUGGGACUUACUUUCAGCCAUCAACAGAGUGAUGCCGCAGGACAGCAGCCGGCCAGCGCGAGGUGACAACAACGACGUGGACGUCGAGAUGAUCGACGACGACAUAUCUGUGAUAACCCCAAAAACACGCCCACCCGAUCGAGAAGACAGUAGCCAAGCUUCAACAUCAUCGCCUAGAAAUAGUUACACUAGUUUGGUAGAGCUGCAAGUACACUAUAACAAUAAGAUGCAUGAUAUCAAAAUGUCUGGAGCAGCCACUGUCAAUGACUUAAAGAAGCGGUUAGAAUCGGUCUGCGGAGUCCCAGUGUGCCGGCAACAGAUCUCCGGGCUGGGCGGGUCUCGGGCAACCUCAAGCGCUGCGUUAGGAGGGCUCGGUCUGCAGCCCAACACUGUGUUGCGGCUCAAACAAGCAGAUGAACUCAUGCCGGAUGAUGAAGUGGCGGAACGUCUGACCAACACCUACGUGUUGCACGUGACGCACGAAGACGUCAGCAAAGACUACACGCUCAAGUAUCCCGGCACAAAGACGGUGCGAGAAGUGAAGAACGACAUAUUCUCACUCACUGACAUACCCGUCAGACAUCAGGUGUGGACGGGAUGGCCGGUGGUGACGGGGCUGGAUGACACGGUUCUAGCCAUGGUGGGGCUCGACAUGCCGCAGCACGAACUUGCCGUGAAGCGCGGACCCACUAAGGAAUAUAAGCGGAUAGUUGUGGAGAGUUCGGACAGUGAAAACAGUUCCGUGGAAGAGAUAGAAGACAGCGGUGACGGAUUCACAUGCGAAGACGACAUGUUUGUCGAACUAGUUAACUCGGAGAGACUGCGUCCCCUUAUGUCAGAGCACGUGGAAGACGAGGCGCUAGGCUGCAUCGAGUUCGCGGAGCGCUUCCGCGCGCGCUACGGGCCCAACACGCCGCACUUCUUCGAGGGCACGCUCCAGGACGCCAUCAAGGAGUCCUGUCUCCAGCCGGCACGCGAGCGAAAACUCUUAGGGGUAUAUCUGCACCACGAACAAUCCGUACUGGCCAACGUGUUCUGCGCUCAACUACUCGGCUGCGAGACCGUUCUACACACGCUCAACCACAACUUCGUACUCUAUGGAUGGGACCUUACGGACCCCGAUAAUAACAACAUGUUACUGAACUCCGUGGCCAACGCGCUAGGUCCCGUAGCCAGCAUGACGAUCCGCAGCAUCCCCGUGGAGAGACUACCCGCGCUGGUCAUCAUCAUGCGAGUACGCUCCAACACCGAGAUAUACUCCGUCAUCAACGGCAACGUAGGCGUCUCAGAGCUAGUAGGCGGCCUAGUAGAAGCGUUGGAACGAUUCGCAGCUCAACGAGACGAGGACGCAAGAUUAGAAAGAGAACGCGAUGCCCGCCAGCGAGUCAAGUCAGAACAGGACGAGGCAUAUCAAGCCAGUCUCGAGGCCGACAGAGCCAAAGAACAAAUGAAAAAGCAGCAGGAACUAGAGAGAAAUCAGGAAUUAGAAAGAGCAGAGUCUGAAAGACAAAUGGAAGAAGCGAAAAAGGAGGCGGACCGCGCCAGCGCAAUGGCGCGCGUGCCGGCCGAGCCCGCCGAGGGCGCGGCCGACGUCACGCGGAUCAGGAUCCGCCUCCCCCCUCCACACGACACCUGUCUCGAGCGUCGCUUCCACGGUCACGACACGCUCACGGUAUUAUUUGACUUCCUCGCAUCAAAAGGUUUUCCGAAAGAAAGCUAUAAAGUGAUCUCUAGCUGGCCUAGGAGAGACUUAACAAUGGAAUCUCACAGCAGCACACUAAAGGCGAUGAAACUGUUCCCGCAGGAGACGCUUAUGCUCGAGGAACGGUGAAGACAUACACACAUACACAAUUAUACAUAUACAUACAGUACCAGCACACAUCCGCGCAACUUUGUACUACCAGGGGCCACUGAAGCAUGGAGCGG